AUGCCCUCGUCCCUUGAGGACUGUGCCUCCCCUGCCACUAGCCCGCUCCAACUUCCUCUUCUCUCUCUCUCCCUAGAGACAAGAGGAGCAGCAGCGACACCGCCCCUCACCCUGGAGGGUCCUGUACAAUCUCAUCAUGGGACUCCUGCCCUUACCCAGGGCCCGCGGGGCCCCGGAGAUGGAGCCCAAUUAGGUGCCUGCACCCGCCCGGUGGACGUCGGGGACUUGGGGGGCAGGACCCUCCCACCUCCUGAUGCCCUGGCCAGCGCGGGGGACUUUUUCUGCACCAUGUAGCAUACCGGACUGCCAGCCCUGCCUGUCCCAGGGGCGGGCCAGGGCAGCCACUCCAGCCCCAGCCCCGGCCUGGCCUGGGUGCACUGACGGAGAUGUGGACUCCUGGGUCCCUGGCUGAGAAGCCAGGGGAGAGAGGGCUGACGGACUGAGCGUCUGAAGGCGGCGGUGACGGAGAGGGUGGGGACAGAGCCGCCCGCCUCUGCCGCCCACCACCAUCUCAGGAAAGGCUGCUGGUGCUGGCUGCCCGUUCCAGCUGCAGGGGUGACACUGGGGGAGUCUCCCUCCCAGUGCUCCUUCACUUUGGGCCUGGCCUCAGGCCCCUGGUGCUUCCCCCCCUCCUCCUGGGGAGGGGGCCCGUGAAGAGCAAAUGAGCCAAACGUGACCACUAGCCUCCUGGAGCCAGAGAACGGGGUGGGUCUGAUUGGCUGCCCCAGCCCAGCGCCCAGCCAUCUUCCCUGAGCCAGCCGGCGGGUGGUGGGCAUGCCUGCCUCACCUUCAUCUGGGGGUGGCCAGGAGGGGCCCAGACUGUGAAUCCUGUGCUCUGCCCGUGACCACCCCCCGCCCCAUCGAUCCCAUUGCAUAGGUUUAGAGAGAGCACGUGUGACCACUGGCAUUCAUUGGGGGGGUGGGAUAUUUUGGCGGAAACCGCCCCAGCCUUAGUCCCCAGGGCGAAGCGCUGGGGGGAAGACAGGGGAGUCAGGGAGGGGGGGAAAUCGCAGAAGAGGGAGGAGUCUGGGAGUGGGGAGGGAUGGCCCAGCCUGUAAAAUACUGUAUAUGCGCUGCUGUAGAUACUGGAAUGAAUUUUCUGUACAUGUUUGGUUAAUUUUUUUUGUACAUGAUUUUUGUAUGUUUCCUUUUCAAUAAAAUCAGAUUGGAACAGUGAA